GAAAUAAUAUGAGUGCAUCAAAAUUAAUGUAGAAAAAGAAAACGAAAAAGAAGAAAGAGCGUCCGUGACACGAACGGUGUACACAAGAUGUUUAUUUAGUAAUCGUAAACUUUAUAAGAUUCGAAACGUGUUAAAACCUUGGAAAAGCCAGGCAAACACUGAUGUAUUUUUAUUUGGGUUUGCAUUAGCCAAACAAAGUAGAGUGUUGUGGUGUCAACCAAGUUUCAUCAGAAUUGGCAUGGCGAGAGUUUUGUGGGUUGGCAUUGCUAUAGGACUUGUUUUUUGCAACUGGGUUGAUGGCUUGGUAGGAUAUGAAGAUCACUUCAAUGAAACAGAGUUGUCUCUGUUAGAGGCUCGUGAAGCUUCCUUGUCCUACACUGGGGGGAAUCUUCUGCUGGUAGGACUCACCCUAAUUCAAAAUGCUGCAGCUAAAGGAGCAGUCUGCUUGGAUGGAACAUUACCUGGUUAUCAUUUGCAUCGAGGAUAUGGAUCAGGAUCAAAUUGCUGGCUUAUUAAUUUAGAGGGGGGUGGAUGGUGUAAUAAUGUUAGAACAUGUGUUUAUCGCAAGAAAACCCGGCGUGGGUCAUCAGAUUUCAUGGAAAAGGAGAUACCUUUUACGGGAAUAUUAAGUAAUAAGGCUGAAGAAAAUCCAGAUUUUUUCAAUUGGAAUAGAGUAAAGCUUCGUUACUGUGAUGGUGCCUCAUUUGCUGGGGAUGGUCAAGAUGAGCCUGCAGAACUGCAAUUCAGAGGGCAGCGUAUUUGGGCAGCUGCAAUGGAAGAUUUGAUGUCAAAAGGAAUGCGUUUUGCCAAUCAGGCUCUUCUUUCGGGAUGCUCUGCGGGUGGCCUAGCUACUAUUAUUCAUUGCGAUGAAUUCCGUGGUCUCUUUCCAAGGACCACCAAAGUGAAAUGUCUCAGUGAUGCUGGGUUGUUUCUUGAUUCGAUUGAUGUAUCUGGUGGGCGCACCCUCAGGAAUUUAUACAGUGGUGUCGUAGGAUUGCAGGGAGCACAGAAGAAUCUGCCACAAAUUUGUACUAAUCAGCUUGAUCCCAUCUCGUGCUUCUUUCCUCAAAAUUUGAUUGCCAGUGUUAGGACCCCGCUUUUCAUUCUUAAUGCUGCUUAUGAUUCAUGGCAGAUCCAGUCUAGUUUAGCUCCUCCAUCUGCUGAUCCCCAUGGCUAUUGGCAUGAGUGUAGAUUAAACCAUGCUAAAUGUACUGGACCACAAAUUCAAUUUCUGCAAGGGUUCAGGAAUCACAUGCUGCAUGCUAUUAUAAACUUCUCAAAAUCAAGCCGGAAUGGCUUGUUUAUUAAUUCAUGUUUUUCUCACUGCCAAACUGAGAGACAGGAUACAUGGUUUGCUGACAAUUCUCCUGUUAUUAGGAACAAGACAAUUGCUCUAGCUGUUGGAGACUGGUAUUUCGAUCGAGCAGGUGUUAAGGUCAUUGAUUGUCCAUACCCUUGUGAUAAUACGUGCCAUCAUCUGAUUUUCAGAUGAGCCAAGUUCAUCCAUCAUCUUAUUCAUUUUCACGCUCUUCUCAUCAGUGAAGGAUUAUGCUAUUCAAAUUACGUUAUGGAAACAAUAAAAGAAAAAAAGGAAGCUGAAAAUUGCAAAUUUAAUCUGACAACCAUUACUAAAUGUUGGUCAAAGUACUUUUCAUGUUGAGAAUGUCGUGGCAAAUCCCUUUUACUGUAGCAAUAAUCAAAUGUCAUCACUUAUUUCCUUUUUAGCUGGGGAUAAAUAGAACGUGUUCCAAUAAAGUUUGGCACACUUAGUCAACAGAUAGUUGUGUUCUUAAUUAUGUUGUUGAUAGGAGUUUGAUUCAUGAUUGUUUACAUGAAAAAAAAAGACAUUUUUAGAAUA